AUGCGGUCUAAUCUUCUUUUUGUCAGCCUUUGGGAUGCUACGUCUGAACUUGCGGGGCCUUGCAAACCCUCGUUAAUAACAACCUCUACAGAAGGCCUCGCUACAAUUACGUCUCUGACAGAGGAAUCUUCUUCCACAAUUCCCUCUACCUCUUUGGAUGAGUCACAUGGAACAACGACUUUGACGACAAGCGCAACGGUUACGGUGGAUACAACUUCCUAUCUUUCUGAAACAACUACCACCGAAGGCACUAUUGAAACAUCAGAGGCGGAAGAAUCUACCGAAAUGGACAUUACUACUUCCUUUGAGAUUACCACCACCAUCGACACUACAAGUGCAGCUGCAACUACAAGUGCAGCUCCUUUAUCCUGUGCCCAACUUGACAAUCCAUACACCGUCGAUGGUGCUCAAUUUGGACUUGAGUGUUGCACUGGUAUUUUGGGAGGCGCAGGUAUUGCCAAUGUUUGGACGGAUGAUUUCGUAUCUUGUAUUAAGGCAUGCGCUGAUGAACCUUCCUGUAACGCUGCGCAGCGCAGACCAUCCACUGGGAUUUGCUCCCUGUUCUCAAGCUUUGCGACAACAGACGCAGACGUCGAUUCUGACUCCUGCUUCAGAAAGGAAGACACUACUACAACUACAGACAUCGCUAUCGAAACAGCUGCCUAA